AGGUCAAGUAAUCUGUAUUGUUAUAAGUCAGAAAUGUAGACUUUUUCCCCCAAACCAAAUUCUCAGUUAAGUUUUGUACGGAAUUUACGGCCUAGGCAGCUCUUUUAAAUGGGAAAGUCGCUGGAUGUGGUUGUCUUCGGAACGGCAACCAUCGACUACAUAACCUAUGUUCCGGAAUUGCCGAAGCCCGGUGAACUGGUCGCCGGAACGUACAUGGAGACCUGUUUCGGUGGCAAGGGGGCCAACCAAUGUGUGGCAGCAGCCAAACUGGGGGCCUCCACCGUCCUGGUCGCAAAGUUGGGCAAGGACGAAUCCGGCGAUGGCUACCUGAACUAUCUGCAGCAGCAGGAGGUGGAUGUGACGCACGUCCAGCAGGUGGAGAACAAUCCCACGGGCAUGAGCGAAAUCGCGGUUUCCGAGGAUGGAGAGCAGUACAAGAUCAACGUGGCUGGUGCGAAUGACCUACUCACGGCUAAGGAUGUGAACCGCGCCAAGAAAUCCUUUCAGGACGCGAAGGUGCUCCUCUGCCAACUGGAAACGAACAUGAAUGCCACCAUGUGUGCGUUGCGCCAGUUCAAAGGGGUUUCCCUGCUCCACAUGUCGCCCAUGCGGAGAGACAUUCCAAAAGGCAUGAUUGCUUUGCCCAGUAUUUUGGUUGUUAACCAGGAGGCAGCCGCCAGUCUAACCGAUAUGGAGGAAGUAAAAACCCCGGAUCAGGCCCGACUAGCAGCCGACUCCCUUAUUGAAAAGGGAGCCAAAAGCGUGAUCAUUACCCUGGGCGAGCAAGGAGCGGCUUACAUGUCCAAGAAGAGCAAGGAUACGUGCACCCUUGUGCCCGCCUCCGAUGUGCCGCACUUGGCCGAUUCUUCGGGGGCAGGAGAUGCUUUUAUGGGCAGCUUGGCCUAUCAUAUAGCUCGGUUCCCCAAACUGUCCACCGAGCACCACAUCAGUGCGGCCCACUCCUGUGCCGCCUACUCCAUGGGCCGCCGCGGCACUCAGCCAAGUUUUCCGGGCAAGGAGGGCGCCAGAAAUGACCUAUGCUAUUCGACGCCCACCUUUAGUGUCAUUCCACCUCCUAGUUCGCAAAACGAAGAGGAUCCUGAGGUGCCCAAAAGUUCACCGCCUUCAAUAGUGGGUCCUUCUCCCCAGGAAGCUCCCGCCCUAAAAGAAGUUGUGGAAGAACCGCCAGCAGCUCCACCGCAGGAUCCGAUUCUGGACGCAAGUCAGCCGAAGGCAGUCGAAACGUCCAACGAACCACCGCAACCCACGGUUGAACCCACUGAUGAACCUCCAAAGCCUGCGGAGAAUGCAGAUGAAGCUCCGAAACCUGCCGUGGAGACUGCUAAUGAACCACCUGCUAAUAAGGCUUAAAAUUCAAAUA